AUGUCCCUCCGCCACCACCUUCUUCUCCUGCUCUUCAUCAUCCUGUCGGCCGCUCUUUCUCUCUCCUAUCCUUUCAGUAAGUCCCAUCACAUAUUAGAGAAGACUCUUCGCUACUUUCCUAUCUCCUCUGGCAAGAAGAAUUGCUAUAGCAUACCCGCUGGCGUCGGCCGGCACUUCCUUCGGACGUUCAUUGUUUAUGACAAUUUCGAUGGCAAGUCUCACUCACCUUCUUUUGACCUCUCCGUUGAGGGUACUUUAGUCUUUUCCUGGCGCUCCCCGUGGCCCGAAUCUGUUUCUCGCUUCGUUGCUUACUCAGACCUCUUCUUUUACUUGAAUGAUUCCGCGGCAGACAUAUGUUUUUACAGCAUUGCCACUGAUUCUCCGGUUGUUGGGUCCCUAGAACUAACCCAAAUUGACCCCAAUGCUUACCCUUUUGACUAUACCAGCAAUUACAUAUUGACCGCGUUGACUGCGUUAGGGGAUGGUGGCCGGGCGCUGGAAUAUGAGUUGCCUGUGGAUGCCAAGCUGGAUUAUUUGCUGUGGUUCCAUUUUGCUGAGAUUACUGUUAAUGGGAAUAAGGCUGGGCAGAGGGGCCGGGCGCCGGAAUAUGAGUUGCCUGUGGAUGCCAAGCUGGAUUAUUUGCUGUGGUGCCAUUUUGCUGAGAUUGAUGUUAAUGGGAAUAAGGCUGGGCAGAGGGUGUUCGAUGUGUUUGUGAAUGGGGAGAACGUGAGUAGGGUGGAUGUGUACAAGCAGGUAGGAGGAUUUGCUUCAUAUGAUUGGAGUUAUGUAGUGAGGAAUUUAAGUACUACUACUCUGAGUGUGAGGCUAGAGGCAGUUGUAGGGGUGCCAAUCAUUUGUGGGCUCAAGAAUUAUGCAAUUGUGCCGGUUGAUCUUAAUACUUCUCCCGAUCAGGAACGGGUUGGAAUGGAGAUCCUUGUGCCCCUACCACAUGGGAUGCUUGGGAGGGAGUUACAUAGAUCUUGGUAUUCAAGGCUUGAAGGGUAUAUUAGUGACCAAAUAGGUCUCUUGACGAAUUUGGUAAGCCUGAACUUGAGUAGUUCUAACUCUCUAGGAGGAGAUCUUCCCUCAGGGUUGGGCCAAAAGUCUCUAGUGAAGCUGGAUUUAUCAGAUAAUAAGUUUACUGGGGUCAUACCAGAUAGUUUGACUUCAUCUACUUUGCAGCUUGUGUUAUUGAAUGAUAACUUACUGGAAGGCCAAGUCCCAGAGGAACUUUAUUCGAUUGGGGUGCAUGGUGGAGCAAUUGACCUUUCUGGCAACAAAGGCUUGUGUGGUGUACCUUCAUUGCCUGAUUGUCCACUAUUUGGGGCUCUUGCUGCAAAAAGAAACAGAUAUCACCGGCAGAAAUCCUUGAUGACCCUUGAAAUGGAGAGUCAACACGCCAAAUGA